UCAGUCAUCAGCGGAUCUCUACUCUCAAAACGCUCAACGAUGCGGGCGAUGAAGCGGGGUCAAAAAUGCAUAAAGCGUUGUUCAGGGAGACGCUAGCGAUUUUUAAGAUACUUACAAUGCUUUUGUAACUUGAGAAACAGUUUAAAUAAACAAACGGACCAAAACGGGAUUCAUCCAAACACCGAAACCACAGUUUCUGAAUAUUCUUUUCCGUGAGCAGGCUACGUUAACCGACACCCGAGUUCUACAGCCUUGACGCUGUGGAAUACGACUAGGAUGACUGCUUGAUUUCCCUUUCCUAACGCGACUACCUCCACACCGGAUCUUUUCUUUCCUUUCCACACGGCCUGUCUGCGGACUCGCUAUGGUGGAUUCGAAUGCUACGAGGAAGACUUUUGUGGUCCCGGACAUAAAACCCGUGGAUCAGUAUGAUUUCACUAGAGCCAAAAUAUGCGCUAGUGUGGGCUGGCUCUUUGCUAAAUCCUACGGCAAUGCAGAGAAUGUUCCCGCGGAGCUGCGGGAUCCCUUCUACUGCGACCAGUACGAGCAGGAGCACCUAAAGCCCCCGGUCACCAGGCUCCUGCUCUCCUCCGAGCUCUACUGCCGCGCCUACAGCCUCCUGCUGGGCCAGGGCCAGGGGCAGGCGGGGACCCCAGGGGCCGAGGGGACCCCCAAAGACAACGGGGCCCUCCUGCACAUCCUCAGUAAACGCGGGCUGGCCCCCAAGGAUCACAACGUCCCAGUCACAGAUGAAGAUCUCCGACACAAGCCCAUCAAAAUGAGUGCCCACUUGGCACUGAUGGACGCGCUGAUGGCGGUGGGUGCCAUGGAGACGGUGAGCACUGCACAGACGAGAGGAGCGGAGCUGCUGGAGGCAGGAGGAGGAGGAAGCAGCGGCUGGGAGGAGCCCCUACUCCAGUGGGUCAACAGGUUGAAUCAGAAGCUGAAGGAACACACAGAGGGAGUGCUGAGUUCAGACACCAGCUCAGACCCACAGCCCGUCCAGCCCUCUUGUCCCACCCGCUGGUACUGGAAACUUGUUCCUACGCGGUACAGGAAGGAUAGACAGAAGAAGCCCUGCUUCCCGCUGGUGAACGAGGUGAAGGACUUGAGCAGCGGCUGUGCCAUCGGCGCGGUUAUCCACUACUACUGCCCGGACCUGCCUCUGGAGGAGGUGUGUCUGAAGGAGUCCAUGUCGGUGGCUGACAGCCUCUACAACCUGCAGCUGAUCCGUGAGUUCUGUGAGCGCUGUCUGCGCAGCUGCUGCCACCUGGGGCUGGAGGACCUGCUCUAUGCCCCAACCCAGCUACAGGUGAACAUCUCGAGCUUUCUGGCAGAGCUCUUAUGGUGGUUUGAGAUCCAGAAACCAGAGUUUGUUCAGCCCCUGCAGGCAAUGGAGUCGGCCGAUGGUCCAGGGAAAACUGAUGGUGGGACAUCCAGUGGGAACAGCUCUCCCUCCCUGUUCAAGAAGCCCUUUCUGCCCAUCUCCUCCCCCGUGUCACCGGUGCCAGGCUCUCUUACUCAGUCUACCUCAAUGUCUCAUGUAGAAGCUGUUGGAAGAUCGUGGACAAAGAAACCAAUCAGCCGUCCCCUGUCCGCUGUGUCCUUCAGCAUCCCCUUCGGUCUGGACAGCGACGUGGACGUCGUCAUGGGCAAGUCGGUGGGCAGCGCCAUCACCCGCUCGGUCAGCUCCGACAACCUGAACCCGACCAAUCAGGGCCUGACGCGGGCGCCCUACACCCCGCCCGAGGACCUCACAUGUCACAUGCUGGGCAAGUCGCCCGGCGCCAACGGCUCGCACCGGGCCUCCUGGGCCUCGCCCACACCCGCCGUGCCCCUGCUGGCCGAGGAGAACGGGCUGGAUGAGCUGGACGCGGAGGGGGAAGCCGAGGCGGGCGAGCUGCCCACCAUCGAGGAAGCGCUGCAGAUCAUCCACAACCAGGGCAAGAUGGAGCCGCGGCUGCACCCAGAUGGCGCGCCCGACGGCUUCUACCUGCACUCGCCGGACGAGCCGGCCAACGUGCGCCACAACGGGAGCCCUGCUGCACUGAGCUGCUCUGCCCCCUCGCGCUCGGGCGUGCUCCACCGGCCCCCGAGAGAGCCCACGCAGACCGCCGCCGCGGCGUCUUCGUCUCGUACCCGCCACACGUCGGAGGGCUCGCGCGACGAUGACUCGGUGCUGCGCGACGGCAGCGUGGACUCGGACGCCUCGGAGGACCUGCCCAGGACUGCCCACUCAACGCCGGCCACGCCGCUCUCCAAGCCCCGGCCCGGAAGCAGCGGCAGUGGGGGUGACCAGACGCCCGACAGCGGCGUCCGCAUGACCAGCUUCGCCGAAAGGAAGAAGAAGCUGCUGACCCCCACACCUCAGGAGCCUGACGCUGACCGCUCCGCUGCCGCCACCCCGACCCCGACGCCCACGUCCACCUCUAACAUGACCACGUGGGCGGCCAAGAAGACGGAGGAGAGCCCCGUGAAGAACCCGGCGCUGACCACCGAGAUGUCGGAGCUGGGCGCCCGUCUGGAGGAGAAGCGCAAGGCCAUCGAGGCACAGAAGAAGCGCAUCGAGGCCAUCUUCGCCAAGCACCGUCAGCAGCUGGGCAAGAGCGCCUUCCUGCAGCUGAAGAAGGACCGGGAGGGAGAGGGGGAGGACGGCACCAAGGGGGAGGUCAGCGCAUCCUCCACAGAGGAGGACCUGAGCCGCCUGUCGUCCUGCGCUGAGCCCCCACAGCGGCCCCUGGUGGAGCAGGACGGUAAUGCAAAAGCGCCGCCGGCCGCUAAGGAGAGGGAGGCCGGGGAGAAGGGCGCGGCGCCACUCGGCGACUACAACAACGCCGUGACCAAGCUGAACGCGGCGCUCACCUCGCUGCAGAGCGACAUGCAGCGGCUGGCGCAGCAGCAGAACCAGCUGAUGCACAAGAAGCAGACGCCCGCUGGCGGCGCCCAGGCCUGGGUCAUCCCCCCGAGUCCCAGGUCCUCCCCCGGCCAGCCCACGCCACCGCGCGUGUCUCGCGAGGCCACCCGCGAGCUCCCCUCGGCCUCGUCCUCCCCCUCACCGUCGCGGAGGCUGACCCUCCACGCCACCCCGCCCAAGUCCCCAGCAGCCCACCGCCGGGCACAGUCUGCGCCGCCCAAGAGCCCCAAGCACCACCAACAGCAGCACCACCACACGUCGCGGCCGGCUGACCUCAAGGUCCCGGUCUCCACCCGCGUCAUCGUGGCUCCCCAGAGCGUGGACAACAUCCCGCACCUGCGCCGCGUCUCGCCGUGGCAGUGCCGUGACCAGAGCUCCUUGUCUUUCAACAUCGGUCAGCCGGCCUCUGCCGCGCUCCCGCCCGCUGACGCCACGUCCACCCCUUCCCGUGGACCCACACCUACUCCCUCCGUGCUUCACAUACGCACGCCCUAUGCCCUGGACGACGACGAUGCGGCCUCGGACGUCGGCUCGGCAGUGGGGGACCACGGCGGUGUCUUCAGCCUGGAGCUGGACGGUGCCUCCACGCCGGGUGCCGCCGGACGGAGGGAUCACGCGCCGCUGACGGGAGGCAGCAGCUCUGGCGCACCAUCCGAGUGUUCGUUCGAGAGCGACGUGCCCGCUGCCGCCUUCAAUGGCAAGCGCAGCAGCCUGAUCGAGAUCUCACUGUCGGCACUGGAGGGGCCAGAGGACGAGGCUGACCAGGCCAAUGACCCCUUCUCCGACUCCAUGAGCGACCAGACCGAGCCCGAGGUCAAGCCCGGGGUCGGCUUCUUCUUCAAGCAGGACGAGGCCCGGCCGGAGGAUGAGAUGGCCCAGCGGCGCGCCGCACUGUUGGAGAAACAGCAGAAGAGAGCCGAGGAGAUAAAGAAACGCAGACUGGAGCAGGAGAGAGAGAGGGAGGCCAGCCGGUCGGCAUCAGGAGACGAGCUCCGACCGCAGACGCCAAGCACCCCUCCUCCUCCACGCAGCCCCUCGGCCGAGCGCACGCGGCAGCGGCGCGACGUCUUCACGAGGGAGGAGUACGAGCGGCGGCAUCAGCUGAAGAUCAUGGAGGACCUGGGCAAGGUGCUGCGGCAGAAGCCCACCACCGUGCGCGGCGUCAAGAAGCAGCGGCCCAAGACCGUGUUCCACGACGACUCGGCCCUCUCCCGCAGCCCUGCCAAAGGCCUUCUGGGCUCCAGGUUGAACAAAGUCUACUCUCAUUCCACUAUGAACCUGUCCUCUAUGGCUAAUGACAGUGGGACUCUGACAAUCAGGAAGUCUCCCAGUCGUUCCCACUCGCCGUCAAGGCUGAUGUCACCGGGUCGACUGUCGACCCAUAACGGAGAUCGGGACUGGGAGAACGCCUCCACCAUUUCAUCCCCUGCCUCCAUUCCAGAGUAUACAGGCCCCAAACUGUACAAGGAGCCCAGUUUCAAGUCCAACAAGUUCAUCAUCCACAACGCCAUCUCCCGCUGUUGCCUAGCAGGCAAGGUCAACGAACCUCAGAAAAACAAGAUAGUGGAGGAAAUGGAGAAGUGCAGCGCCAACCACUUCCUGAUUCUGUUCCGGGACAACAGCUGCCAGUUCCGGGCGGUCUACACCAUGAACCCGGAGACGGAAGAGAUGGUGCGGCUGACGGGCAUCGGCCCGCGCGUGGUCAGCCCCGCCAUGGUGGAAUCCAUUUUCAAGUACAGCUCCGACCGCAAGCAGUUCACCGCCAUCCCGUCCAAGACCAUGUCCAUGAGCGUGGACGCCUUCACCAUCCCCGGCCAUCUGUGGCAGAGCAAGCGCCCAGGAACCCCCAAGAAGCCCAGCACCCCCAAGUAAAGAUGUCCCUCGCCACCUGGGCUCCCCUCUAUUCAGCCCCCCUAGCACCACCCCAAAACCCCAACCCCCCCCAACUCCCCAUCCUCUGCUCCUGACAUUCUCCAAAAGGUGGAUCUCUCCUUCCUCUCUCUCUCUCUCUCUCUCUCUCUCUCUCUCUCUCUCUCUCUCUCUCUCUCUCUCUCUCUCUCUCUCUGUGAGGAAGAGGAGGGUGUGCUCGUGCUGGUGAAGGGGUGGGAAGAGGGCGGUGGUCACCUGAAGUCCUAGACAACUCGAAGAAAAAACUGUGUCAUCCCUGGCCUUUUUGUACAUGGGCUACAGCACCCCCUGCUGCUGUGCUCAGGGCAUUGCAGGCCAGGCUCACUGAGGGGCAGAAAUGCAGGCCUCGCACACAUGGGGCCACACCCAUGUAGGAACAUCCAAAAAUGAAGGCGAUGAAAUGAUUGUGCAGACGACAAAACAAAUGUCAAGAUGUCAAAUUGUUGAAUGAAAAAAAGAAGUAACCAUGUCCAAAUGCAUCCUGGGAUGGACUGGGCUGGACAUGUCUCUCUUGACUUAGUGUAAGGGCUUUGACAGGCCCUAGUUGCCAUGUCUCCUCCUGUCUUAAUCUCCACACCCUCCCUCAGCACAGGACGCUUUGAGUGGCACCAGGCUGCGGUCCACUGCCACGAUCCGGACAAGCUGGGGAGACCUCUCAUCUGUCACUUCAUCUCUUAACUCUUCCUCUUCUCUCUUUUCCCACUGAUGCUGUUUUACUGUUUCCCUCUCUGUGUCUUUGUCUCUCUUGCUGCUUCUUGUUCCCCCAUUUUAAGCCUGUGGAAGAAAUCAGCUGGGAAGAAAGAGUGCUGGUAUCCACCACCAUCUCCACCACAUUGAAAUGACCCAUGGCACUGCUCUCUACUGAAUGUACUGUGGGGCUUCCCAGCCUCCCACCCUCACACUAACGCUAAUCAACGGGCUUCUUCUGCGAUGUUGACUCCUCACUGGCCAGUCAGGAUGUGGGGGGAUACCACAGACGGCUCUUCCAUCGGGGGCGAUUUCCAGGUACUUUAGCCAUGCUGCCAUGCCUACAUAUCAGGAUAACAUGAAGGACCCAGACAAACCCCCCCCCCCCCCUUCUCUUGCUGCAGUCACCCAGUCCUCCGUGCAGAUCCGACAUUGUGUACAAUGAAGACAUCUGUGUGUGUGUGUGUGCGCACGUGUGUGUGUGUGUGUGUGUGUGUGUGUGUGUGUGUGUGUGUUUGUGUGUGAUGUUUUUCUCUCUUUUUAUCUUUCCCUCUUUAUACAAGCUGCACUUUUGACAUGUUGGUGUGACACAUGUCAAUCAUCCAAGCCUUGCUGGGCCUGAGGAGAGCAUAUCUGCCGACUAAAAAGUCAGGUUCGGAAUCAUCUUCAUGUAUUUACACGCCCUCCGUGAUCUUCAGAGUUCGUUUUUCAUCAGAAGAGAGAAACUACCCCAGGAUCUCUGUCCUAAUCAUAGUCAACACUACUGGAAAAUUAGACCAAGCUUUGUACUCUGGCAUUGACUUGACAAAGUGACGUCGGUGGACUUAAGACAAAACAACAACAAAAUCAGAAGCAGAUCGACAACGAUUUCAUAUUUACUCAUCUGAAUCCUGUUUAUUGAUGAUUGUUUUUGAUUUUGACAAUGAUUUGUAUAAAGUGAGGAGACUUUGUAAAGCUAUCAAGCUAGCCUGCUGUUUUAGUUCAAAAGGAUGUGUGAGUGUGUGGGUGUGCAUGGGUGUGGGUGAGUGAGUGUUUGAGGAAAAGGAGUGAGUGUGUGCAAGAGGGAGAGAGAGAGAGAGAGUGAGAAAGAGAAGGAGACCGAGCGAUAGAGAAAGAGAGAAACCAAGUGAAGGAACGAAUGAGUUGCUGUCGAGUCCAAAAUAAAAAAAAAAACUUGAUGAUCUUCCCUCUAUGUAGGGUGAAAUAAACCCUGUGCUGAGCGAACAAGACGUGUCCUCCAUUUUGGAAAUCAAAUCUGCUCUCAGUCACAUACACUUUUCUCAAAGGUACAUUAACAUGGAGAAACAUCCAUACAUAAGUAGGCACAGGAUUGUUAGACUGGCUCCUAUCUGGAGCCUUCACUUGACCAAGUUUGCGCCAUUGUUGUUUGUCUAACACUAGGCUGCUCUGUUUGUCCUCCGGGUUGUUGCCAUACUCUCGGGCAGUGUGUAGAAGAUUGCUUCCCAUGGUAUAUUACGCUAUAGCUGACCUGAUCUGUCAGUGUUUGCCUGACAGUCAACCCUCACCUCACGAGAGUAGAGCUGAUUCAGACACAAUUAUGUCCUGUGUGUCAGGAAUGAAAAAAACAAAACAAAACAAAAACACAGAAUCAAACACUGCCUCCAACCACUUUGUUGUUUAUAGAAGCGACACGAUGAGAUGUUAAUAUUUUUCUAAAACACUAUGUGCAAAAUGUCACCAUUUAAUGGUUUGGGAUGGGUGAGUUUGUAAAGUCAGAUGAAUGGUGUGGAGUGAUUGCUCUGAGUGUGUGUGUGUGUGUGUGUUUGUGUGUGUGCUCUGUCACAUCAGAGUGUGAAGGUGAUUUAUAACUGGAUUCUGUGCAAUUUUCCUGUAGUUUGUCACCCUGGGUUGUAUUUAUUGGGUAGGGAGUAGCAUAAUCUGUUUUUUUAAUGUUUAGUUUCAGAUAUUAUUUAUGUUCUGGUUUAGGUGGAGAUUUACAUUCAUUCAUUUAUUUGUUCAUUUCACAUUUAUCAUCUCCUGACACCGUCAGUGUCUUCACUGCCUCUUAUGUUGUUGCCAUGUCAGUGUCUGUAGUGAUAUCUAUUUUUUGUUUAAAUUGUUCAUGAUUACAAAAAUUAUCCCAGGUGACUGGAUCAAAAGAAUAAAUAAUUUUUUAAUCACC